UCACCUAGACGCGUCUAUUAUGGCCUUUUUCUGGCUUUAAUAUUGUUUUUGGUUCUCACUCUCUAUAUUAAUGUUGGCGAAGUUGAUAGAACACCUGCCAACGGAAGUAACAAGCUCAUUUUGGAUCCCCUGUACGAAGAUAUCAGGAUUCUCUGCAUGAUACCCUAUAAUUAUAAUAGCCCAGACACUGCCAAAUACGUGAAACGCACCUGGGGAAAACACUGCAAUGUUUUGCUAUUUGUGAGUGGGGAUAUCGAUGGCGAGUUGGAACCCUAUGUGCCCGUGAUUAAUUCCACGGAUACGUGGACAUUGGUCCAAAAGGGACUAAUGCAGGCCUAUCUGUUCUAUGGCGACAAAAUCGAUUGGUUCCUCAGAGUCGAGCCCUCUAGUUUUGUAGUUGUGGAGAAUCUCCGGUAUAUGAUACACAAAAGGAAAUAUCAACCCAGUCAACCGAUAUAUUUUGGCUACGAGCUCGAGAAUAUUGUUACACAUGAGUCCUUUGUCCACCAUCAUAGUGGGUAUGUCAUAAGUCGCGAGGCCUUAAAAAGAUAUACGAUGGCGUCGAAGGAUCCUGAGAACAAGGAGUGCACUCAUUGGGAGGGAUAUGUUGAGGGUCUGGAUAUACAUCGGUGUUUGAGUUAUGCUAAUGUAACGGUAGCAGAAAGUCGGGACGAAUUUGAGCACGAGACAUUCCUGCCCGUUACAAUGGAUUACCAGUUCUUAGAUGGAUAUGAUACUAUACCCUGGCUGCGCAAAUUGUCUUAUCACAAACGAACAGAGAAAACAGUUCCAAUAUCCAGCCGCGCCAUUUGUUUUCUGGUAGAAUAUCCUCCAGAAAUCUACGAUUACUACUAUUUUGUUUAUCGAAUGAAUAUCUUUGGCAACCCCGUCCCAAACUCCAUAGACUUUAGGCCGUAAUAAAAGACUCACCUCUGGCAGCUGUCGACGAACUUCCUUCCUGAUGUUUCAAUUACUGAAGGGCUGAGAGGGCCUAGGUUACUUCCUAGUAAAUCCUUGCAAUCCCGAGUAACCCACAUAUCAUGUCCAUCACAUAACUCAUCUCACAUGUGGGAAAAAGGGGGAGGAUAAACGUGUUCAUCAAUGAAUCUGUCGUCUGGCCUGGAGUCUCAUUUUCCCAUUCCCUUUGUCUGUGCAAAAUUACUUCCGUUUUUCUUCGAUUUUCGGUUUUCUUUUUUUUUUUUUUUGCCCAACUGCAAAGUGUCAUUGUUACAUCAUGUCUGUGGGAAAGGAGAUAUCCGCAUGAAUGCAAUAUUGCACUUUUCCCUGCUUCCUGUAACCUUAAUCAUGUGUAGGCCUUUUGUUUACCUGUUAGAUGAAAACUUGGCUCAUCUGGAAACUUGAGCACGUAAACUGAGACAUUAAUAUCCCACAUAAGCAGAAUAUCGCUUACCUCGCACAGGUACCAUAUUUUUGGUUUGACAGUUUCACAUGGAACCCGUACAAGUUGCUCUCACAUGUGAUUAUCGAAAUCUAUACAAACAUUUGUGGGUCUUUUGUUUUCGCAACAAAAGAGAUAGGCGAUUGAAUAAUAUUUUCAA